AUGGCAGGGAUAGAGUGCGAUGCUAAAUCCACGAACCCACGAUUCAAGCUCUUCGGUUUCCUUGUUUCCGACAACGACGAACUCCUCGCCCCUACGGCGGAGGCCACUGGCGACGCGGCGGCAGGAGGCGGUGCCGCAGACGGGAGAAGGUACGAGUGCCAGUACUGCUGCCGGGAGUUCGCGAACUCGCAGGCGCUGGGCGGCCACCAGAACGCCCACAAGAAGGAGCGCCAGCAGCUGAGGCGCGCUCAGCAGCUGCACCGAGCCUCCCUCCACCGCUCGCCGCUGGCGGCGGCGAACGUUCACUACCACCGGAGGGCUGCCUCCCCGGCCUUCGCUCCGCCGCGGUCGAGCUGGGUUUGGUACUCGCUCCCGAGCCCACCGGCCUCCCAUUCAUCCCUCGCCGCACGUGCAAUCUUACCCUCGUCGGUCCCGCCGCCGCCCCCCUACUACAGCACGUCAGCGGCGUACGGUGAGGAUGGGGAUGGGGACCUCCGGUGGUGCUCCGAAGCGAGCCGUCCCAUCAACGGAACCCGGCUCGACGGGAGUACUGUGGCGGAGGGUGCGACGGAGGACGUGGAUCUCCACCUUAGUCUUGCUCCGACUGGCUCCUGA